CUAUAUAUCAAGGGAUGGAGCAUGUUCAUACUGCAAUGUCUCAGAGGAGAAUGGGGGAGAGGAGAGGAGAAGUCUCCUAAGGAAUCAUACAAUGUUUUGGAUUGGAAGAGGCUUUUAGGAUCAUCUAGUUCCAACCUCUCUGCCAUGGACAGGGACACCUUCCACUAGACCAAGUAUCUCAAAGCCCCAUCCAGCCUGGCCUUGAACUCUUCCAGGGAUGGGGCACCCACAACUGCUUUGCAGGUUUCUAUCAGACUGCUCUUUCUUUGCUGUGUGGUAAAAAGGGAGAGGGAGGCAAGUGGGGACAGAUUUCAGUGAAGUCGUUUGAGGCCUCCCUCAGCAGCAGUGGGACACAACCCCGCAAAGACCAGUUAGCCUCUGUGUCUGCAGCCAGCACUUUCCUUCUGCCCUGGGGUAUCAGGCUGGUUUUUCUUGACAUGCUGCAUAUUUUCCCCUUAUACCUGUUUCUUCCCUCCUCUAAACCAUCCCAAACAAUAUGAGGUUUUGUCUGCCCUCAGCAUCCAGCAGCAGUUUCUCAAGUCCCUUAGCCCUUAUUUUGAGUGCGUGCCCUGGACUUAACCAGAACAUUCCUGCCAGAGGUUAACCCCAGGCAUUGCAUGGAUAAUCCACGAAAACUUUUUGCCUCCAGUUCCAAGUGACCGUGACUAUAACAAGUCCAGAGAUGCUGUCUGCAGCUCCACCCUGGCGCUUCUUCUGCCCCUUAUCUCUCUACCAGGCAGUCAGGGCUCAGAGGUAGGACAGAGAUCCCAGCUGCAAGCCAAGAGGGUUAGAAAAGUGAAAUGCCUGUGCUCCUGGCCUGGCUGUGCUGCACCAUUUACCUACAGUGCUAAAAUGAAGUGGCUUUGCAGGGCACUAUGACCAUGGGGGUGCUGUGCCACGCUGCCGUCAUCAUCCCUGCAACGCUGUAAUUUUGGGCUGGCAAAGCUUCCCACCCUCAUGAGACCAGGGCUGGGAGCAGCUGUGGGGUGAGCCCCUGUUAAGCCAGAGGGCCGUGGGGAAAGCAGUGACUGUGGCAUGAAGGCAGGACUGGAGAGAGUUGCUGGAGCUAGAAACAGGAGCUUUGACUGAAAGACCAAAGAGUGCCAGGGAGAGUGGAUGGCAAGGCACCAUGGUGCCCUGAGCACAGCAGCACUCUUGGAAGAAAACCAGGAAAAUUAGUGCUUGGGCAAGGAUCACCUUCAGGAAAGAGGAGCCAAGCACUGGCUUUGGCAGGGGUGAGAGGGGAAGAGAAUUGAUCUCUUUUUUUUCCCCACUUAAAACUGCCUUUUUUCCCUUCUCAGACAGUGAGACCUUUGCUUUGGCACCUGACCUACAACUACAGGGCUAGUCCUUCUCCUCAUGUGGUUGAGUUCUUUCCUGAUUAAAAGUGAUUAGGUGCUCUAAAACCUGCAGAAAUGUGACAGAGACAAAGAGACCCUUCAAGAUCUCUUAAAUCCCCAGGGCAGUAUUUAGGGAGCCCUGAGGAGAGAACUGGAGCAGAAAGACACUCCCUGUCCUCCCUUCUGCUGCACCCUCUGUUGCCAGCAUCUGCUGCAUCAUGUCCCUCUCUGAAGCAGAGGUGCAAAGUGCCCGUGGUGCCUGGGAGAAGAUAUAUGUGGAUGCUGAAGACAAUGGGACAGCUGUGCUGGUCAGGAUGUUUACUGAGCACCCAGACACCAAGUCCUACUUCACACAUUUCAAAGGCAUGGACUCUGCCGAAGAGAUGAAACAGUCAGAUCAAGUCAGGGGCCAUGGCAAGAAGGUUUUCAGUGCCAUCAAUGACAUGGUGCAACACCUGGACAACUCUGAGGCUUUUCUUGGGAUAGUGACUCCACUCGGCAAGAAACAUGCCACCCAGCUGAAGAUUGACCCCAAAAACUUUAGGAUUAUCUGUGACAUUAUCUUACAAUUGAUGGAAGAGAAAUUUGGCGGAGACUGCAAAGCUUCCUUUGAGAAGGUGACCAAUGAAAUCUGCACCCACCUGAACAAUAUCUACAAAGAAGAGGGUUGGUGAGGAUGUGCACCCUCCAGGCUCUUCAAACAACUUGCCAGCACUGAUUUGCUGCUUUUGGGCCCCCAGCCACAGCUGGAAAAAUUAAAA